AAGGGUUCAGCAUUCUGAGUUGUUGUUAUUGUAUUUUGUCUGGGAUAUAAGAUUGGAAAAUUCGAUACUUAUUGGUGUUACUUGGUUGAAAAGACAAGGAAAAUAAUAACUAUAGAACUUAUUUAUGUUGUCGUGAUUAUUUGGAAUUUUCUAGCUCGUUAUAGUGUUUAAAAUGUUAAAUUUUGGAUAUAAACUUGUCACUAAACUGUUUUAACUGAGUGUGUUAGGCAACGUUAGCCAAAAAAUGUCUGACAACCGUUGAUGGAUUCAUGCUCUACGGAAACAUCUUCAUUGUUUUCAAACCUAAAAAAUCUAAUAUAAAAUUGGUUUAUAGAUGAUGCCAGAUAGGCUAACCUGUGGCAGCAUUAUGUACAAGGCUAUCCAGGAAUAUAGAAAUACUAGAUAGGAAAGGGAAACUAGUGCUGCAGUUGACAGGACAGUGAAGCAUCUUUGUGUGAUAUUGUGGAUGUAUACAAUUUAUGAAAAGUGUUAUUUAAGUUCAAAGACAAUACAUUUACAUGUAAAAAAGGUGCCUUUAAAGACUCCUUAAUUCAAAGAUCAGAUGAUACACAUGAAAUGAAAGAAAAAGUAGUAAUAACAUUUCAUUACAAUACAAGAUAAUGUGAGAAUAAAUUGUAUUGAAUUCUGUGAUGGUACAUUAAAAAAAUGUAAGAAAAAAACUCUAUUUGAAGAUUUAUGAAUAAUGUAAGAAGUGGUGUUUAAGUUCAAACAUUUUAUAUGAAACACCUGAAGGAUGAAUUCUCCAGCCCACCAUCACAAGCAUGAAGGACACUGUCAAACAUGUCGAGAACAGCGCAAAAGUCACAUGUUUGGCCCAAUUGGAGUUGUUAUUCCCAAUAAUUUGCAGACAUGGAUUAACUCACAGUUACUCCCCUUUGAUAACAUAGAGGCCAUUGCUCAGGGAGUGACGGGCUUUGAUGAGCUGAAAAAGUACAUGAAACAGGGCAGCGAGUUCUGCAAGGAAGUGGCAUUUAUUAUACAGGAAAGGGCGGAGCUGGAGACCAAAUAUCACAAGGGACUCACUAAUGUUGCGACCAAAUUGUCGAGAGCAGCUAACAAUUGUCUUGGGUCAUUGGGUGAAGGCUGGAAGGCAGUUGCCUCAAGUGUAGAAACAGAGGCAGAACUACACAAAAAUUUAUCCACAGCUUUACUAGAAGAUAUUGCAAAGCCAUUAAAACAUUUGGUUGAAGGUCAGAACAAGGCUAGAAGACCAAUUGAAAGUACAGUGGAAAAGUCCCUCAAAUCUUUAACAGAGAAGAGAAGUGAAGAAAACAAGGCCAAAAAGGCAGCAUACGACUCAGCCAAAUCCCAUGAAAAAGCUGAAGAACCAAAGUCAGGGAAGGUGAAAACAGAAAAAGAUUUCACCAAAACUGAGAAAAAGCAGAAACAGGCAAUGGAAGCUUUACGGAAGGCAGACAAACACUACUGUGAAUGUUGUGAAAAGGCUGAAGUUGCGAGGCAGGAGUGGGACUUUUGUGUUAAUAAGGCAAAUGUGCAAUUACAAGAUCUGGAGGAGGACCGAAUUACCAAGAUGAAUGAUUUCCUCAACCAGUACAGUAGUCACCUCUCCACACUGGGGCCAAGACUAACAGAGAGUUGUGAUAAGUUACAUAAGACUGUGAGAGCGGUAGACGUAGGAUCCGAUUUGAAAGAAGCUGCAAGUCAGCGGGGAUCAACGCAGUUUACUCCUGAACAAAUACUCAUUGACUGCUAUGCAGAAGACAAACAGUUCAGUAUAAAGGCGGACCGUCGAAAAACAGCGUUACAAACUUACCUGUUACACAUACGACAGUCUAUAGAACGGGAACAGAAGGGCAGAGAAGGAGUUGAGAAGCUGGUUGGUGUGUACAAGGAGCGGCCAAACUUUGCAGAUGCAGACGCCCAGGAAGAGACCAGACAACGACUCACUCAGAUGAUAUAUAUGACCAACUUCUUAGAGGCGAACCAUUAUAAGAUUGCCUCCAACAUAGCGGAGUUGGACGGGACCAAUAAACCCUCACACAAGUUUGCCAAAUAUAUCGAGGGCUCCAGAGAUAAACAGGGAAUGCUAGUGAGCACUUUAAAACUGCCCAUGAACCUUGCUGUAGAGGGAAGAACGGGCUAUGAUGCCACCAGUGUGACACUAGGGGCCCUGGCUAGUGAUGAGCCAUUUAAUGAUGACGAUGAGUUUGACGAUGAUCCGGUCCCACAGGCCCAGAACAACCGUGUGAUUGGUCGAUGUAAGGCUCUCUUCGAAUACCCUGCUCAGCAACCUGAUGAUCUGGGAUUGCAUCCGGGUGAUGUGGUGAAUAUCUAUGAAAAAUUACCGGACGGCUGGUGGCAGGGUGAAUUAAAUGGUCAUGUUGGUUUGUUUCCUGCAAGCUAUGUAGAAGAAAUGUGAUAUUGUAAAUACAGAUUCUUAUUUGACUGAUUUUGAUAAAGACUGUAAUAGCUAGCUGAAGACACCGUUUGGUUAGCUUGGUUGAUAUAGCAUCACUCUAACUCUAAUGGAAAUGUGUUCUUUCUUGCUAGCUUCCUGCAGAAACUGUGAUUGUGUGUACAGGAAGUGUUCUGAGAUGAUUUUUAUGUGAUAUUGAAAAAGCCAGGGCUAAAUGUUCGAAUUUCAGUUUGCUAAAAUGCAAUUGUAUCUUGAACUAACUGAAGAAUACUCUGUGACUAAAAGUAAACCAAACACGAGGUACAAUUUGGAUUAACAGAUGUAUCAGGAUUUAGUUUGAAUUGAAUUUAAUGCAGUUAUAUUCUGAACUACUUGCUAGUAUAGAAAACUGUUAAAAUUCAUUGUGGUUUGGUGCGAAAGCAUGGACAAUUGGUGUGAAUUGGACAAAAUGUGCAGGGGGUUUUAAAAUUCAGGAUAAAUCCUAAAGUCAGGGUUGAGGGCUUUCAAUUUCAGACUAUUGGACAUUUGUUGGAAGUUUUUUCUUUGGUAGAAUUUGCAUAACAAUAGUAAGGAGUAAUUUGAAAUGGUCAUAAAUGGCUUUAAUAAACAAUUCCAACAUGGGUUGUUAUACUGAUAUAUAUUUUUGUUUUUUUGUUUUUAAAUGCGGGUUGCAAGAUCAUUGUUUCUUUUUCAAAUUUAAAGUUAAAAGUGUAUUUCUGAAUAUACACAUGUUAAUCAUGUUUUCAGUGGAAAUGUUCACCUGUUAAAAAUGUAAUAGAAAAUAACACAGAAAACAAACGAUAGUUGUAACUCUUUUAAGCUUUACUUUUUUUUCGUUAAAGUCGUGGUAUUGUCCAGUUUUGGUGUCGCUGCCUCGUCAUUGUGUAAAGACGGUAACCAUGGCAAUAAUCUCAAAACCGUUCAAGCUAUUUAAAUGAAACUUGGCAUACAUGUUGGCAGAGACAAUUCACACUUGUACAGCAAGGGACAUAACCCUUAUCUGUUGAAUUAUGUCCCUUCUUCAGCUGAAAAAAAUCAGGCCACACUCUUGUUUAUUUCCGACACAAACUUUACAAGCCAUGUUCAUGUAGCACCUUUUCUUAAACAACUGUUGUACAAUAUAAUUGCUUCUUUCAUAAUUCUGGUUAUUAGAAGACCUUAAAUUAAUUAGGUACAUUUUUUUUUCUGUUUUGGAAUAAAGGGUAUUUUAAAUGAUUGUGUUCCUUAAAAUAGAUAACAUUUAGUGCAGUAGAAUAGAUGAAAUUGGAUUUUAAGAAAUUAAACCCUAGACAUUUUUUGUUCAUUUAACUAUUUUUUAGCGUUAUUUUUCGAAGUAUUCUUUUAGUAUUUGUUAUUGUAAAGCAUUUAUAAGGUAGUAAUAAAUGUAUGUUAGAACAGGUGGCAUGUACACACUGACCACACAAGGACUACACACAGACUACACACAGACUACACACUGUCCACAUACUGAACACACAUACUGCCCACUGUUCACACACUGACUACACACCGUCUACACACAGACCUCACAAACUACACACAUACUGCCCACUGUUCACACACUGACUACACACAUACUACACACUGUUCGCACACUGACAACACACAUACUACACACUGUCCACAUACUGAACACACAUACUGCCCACUGUUCACACACUGACUACACACCGUCUACACACAGACCUCACAAACUACACACAUACUGCCCACUGUUCACACACUGACUACACACAUACUACACACUGUUCGCACACUGACAACACACAUACUACACACUGUCCACAUACUGAACACACAUACUGCCCACUGUUCACACACUGACUACACACCGUCUACACACAGACCUCACAAACUACAUACAUACUGCCCACUGUUCACACACUGACUACACACCGUCUACACACAGACCUCACAAACUACAUACAUACUGCCCACUGUUCACACACUGACUACACACAUACUACACACUGUUCGCACACUGACAACACACAUACUACACACUGUUCGCACACUGACAACACACAUACUACACACUGUUCGCACACUGACAACACACAUACUACACACUGUUCUCACACUGACAACACACAUACUACACACUGUUCGCACACUGACAACACACAUACUACACACUGUUCGCACACUGACAACACACAUACUACACACUGUUCGCACACUGACAACACACAUACUACACACUGUUCGCACACUGACAACACACAUACUACACACUGUUCGCACACUGACAACACACAUACUACACACUGUUCGCACACUGACAACACACAUACUAUACACUGUUCUCACACUAUUCACACACUGGCUACACAUUGAUGACUCACAGACUACACACUCACUUCACAGUUAUUAGCAGUACAUUCUGCAGUAGGAUGUAUUUAUCAUGCUAUGAAAUAGCUGACACUAUUGUUUGUAAUGCAAAGACAUAUCAAUAAGUAUUGCCAGUUCACCUAUGAAGUAUAAUAUUGUAUUCUCAAAAUCAUCCAUUAAACAUCAGUUUUACAAUUUAUGCACAUCUUUCACAGGUAUAUUGGAUAUUGAUUUUAAAUCAGUUACAUGCAUUUCUUACAUAUAUAUAUAUAUAUAUAUAUAUAUAUAUUCAAAACACUAUACUAGUAUGUAUGUUUAAGUUUAUUUGGGUUUUUAUGCCAUGUUAUGUGCCAUUAUUUUGGCAUUUCAAAAAAACAAACAAAUAAGAAAGACAGCCUUGAAACAGUUGUCUUUGAAUCGAUUAAGAUAUUGUUGCAAGAUUUGUUCAUUUUGGCGUUAUUUAGAGCAUUAUGGAUUUAUAUUUGGGCAAUAGUUGUUCUUUUCCUGAAGAUAUUUAUAAUAUUUAUGAUGAUUUAUACAAUGUAUAAUUUCGUGCAAUACAAUGUUUUUCACCACUUGUUAAAACAAUUGCUUCCAUGUACCGGGGUACUUGCUUGUGUAGGCCUAACCAUAUUAUUCAUAUUUAUGGCUUUUAACAUAAAUUAUUUUAGAUUGAAAGAUGAAAUCAUCUGAUUACAUUGUAGUUCUAAUUUUGUAGAAUAGAUAUUGUAGUAACAAAAUCAUUGUUCAAACAUAUUUCCAGACUGUUACAAACUUUUAGCAUAGCCUAGGCCUGUGGCACUUUUUUUAGUGUUCAGAUUUAAAAUUGUAGACUUAAAUUUUAAAAAGCAAUGUGUUCUUUUCUUGAGAGAUUUUCUGUCAAAUACUUUAAUGUCAUAGUUUAAUUUCGCUUAUACCUGCAAUUAAACCAUUUUUCAAAUUAAAAAUGUCACUGAAUAAUAUAUGAAUAAAAUAUUGUAUAUAAAGAAUCAAUUUAUAUCAUCAUUGUUUUAUGUAUAUCGAACAUCACAUUAAUGGUCAGUACACAAAAUAGCGUACAGAGAACCUCACAAAUAUUAAUCAUGUCUACUGGGACAGUUUUCCCAUAUGUAUGACACUUACCUGCUGAUUCAUUAUGAAAUGCUCAUUGGUGGCAUUUAUCUUUACUUAUAUAUAUAUAUAUAUGUGUGUGUGUUUAUGUUUUUUUUUAUUAUAAUACUACUUAGUUUCUUAAGAUAUUUUAGCUAAAACAUUUGAAUUAUUUGUCGGGAAUUAUUUCUUAACUAAAACAUGAAUAACUGAAUGUAGAACAGAAGAAGAGCCUAUAGCAAAAAACACAAAACUGUUGCUUUAAAGUUUGAUUCAGGGAAUUUUCAGUGAGUCGGUCAGGCCAUUGCCAGAAGUUUCAAGAGUGGCCUAAAUAAAGUGUGACCGUUUUUAUCUUUGUUUUAAAGAGAGAAAAAGAUAUUGGAAAUUUUGACAGAAGUUUAGUUCUUAUAGAACAUUCAUGUAUAUGUAAAUAUUUUUAUAUUCUAAGAUCUGUAGGUUGUAUAAAUUGUAUAAAAUGGUCUUAAAUUGUGCAUAAUAUUCUAUAAAAUCCUAGUCUUGACUACUACUGUUUUUGAGUGUAGCCCUUAACUCCCUUGUUUAACACUGGUCAUUUAACAUGAACCAGUUGUCUGAAUCACAAGGCCAAUAAAAAAUAAUCUGGAGUUUCUCGGGCACAAUUUUUAGAAAAUAUUUAUAGGGAUUGCAGAAUAUAAGUUAUUUAUUUCAUUAUUUCUACUUCCUGUUUCAUUAUGAAUAAAUCAACAUGUUUAUUAGAUGCUAAGUUUCAACAAAUUCAAAUAGUCUUGUAGAAAUACGUUUUGGGCUUACAUUUAAUUAUUAUCAGAUUUUUUUUUUUAAUUAAGUUGAUGUAAAGAAACGAAUCUUUGGUGCCUGAAAAACUAAACAUUAUUUUUUUUAUUUGUUUUUGAAGAACUGCCAAGAUAUGCUCAUUGUGUUAAACACCAGACAUGGUGUCAUCUUUCUACAAAACGUUUUGUCAGCCAUAACUUGUAGACCUUUAUUGAUAUUCAUAUCAUAUUUCCUCAGUAUAUUUAGAUUUUCAAUAAAUGUAAUAAAGGAUAGGGCAAUCAAUGAUGCAUAUCAUCAACUUUGGGCAGAAUAAUGGCCCUUGCUUUAUGGCAUAGGCAGGAAGUUUGGGCACAUGUGUCCUAGGGACUUCUGUUAAAUGAAAAUGAAAAUUGUUUUAAUGUAAAUAAGAUAACUCUAAUUUGACUGAGUGAGCACAAAAGUUAUUUUUCAGAAGAGGCAAACUAAUUCACUUACUUAAAUCACAGAGGUUUCAAUCAUUUCCGAGAUAUAUGCAUUGCUUGACUCAAGUUGAGCCUUCCCUAUUCUCAUUUUUCAUCCAGUUUAUUGUAUAAACAGCACCAAUAAUCCAUUAUUGUGUAAAGUUAUUUGUUAAUGAUUCACCAAUAUUUUGUAUAAUAAUCUGUUGAUGAUAUGUAAAUGAUAAUUGUUGUUAAAUCUUUAACAAUAAAAUUAUAGACAAUGUCGGA